AUGCUCGUGGAUUCCGCAAGUGAUUGCCUUAAAAAAGUCGAACGUGAGUUACUGAAUAAACGAACAGAGUAUGAAACAAGACUGAAAGCGAAAAAUAGUUCAGCUAUUUCAUUUGCGCAAAAAGUAAGGACCCAUUUGAUCAACAGCAAUAAAAAGAAGUAUCUCAUAAAAACGACAGAAGGCUAUGUCCCGAAAUCGGCAACUGUAAAUAUCGAUCUCGCCAAACUUGAAAAACAUUUUAAAGGAAAAGUACCGGACGACCUGGACAGGGUAUCCGAGCUGUUUGAAGGGAUAAUCAACAAGUUCGACAAUUCAAAGCGCCCAUCUUGCACCCCAACACAGGGAAACCCGGCGAAACGUCUACUUGAAGAAAAUACAAUUUUUCCUGUGAAGUUUCUUAACAUUAACACUGGAUCUCAACAUGUUCACAGUGCCAGCGCAAGUUCUGCAUGUGCCCCCACUUGGGGAACUCCGAGCUGUUCACUGCCGCCGAAAAAACGUUAA